AUGACUCAGGUCUCCGAAAAGUCCAAACCUGUUUCAUGGGCAAGUUUGCCCAGAAAAGAUCAACUGCUCAUUCUCACACUGGCUCGUCUUUCUGAACCCUUGACACAAACUUCGCUACAAUCCUACAUGUUCUAUCAACUUCGCUCGUUCUCCCCUUCUGCUCCAGACAGCACUAUAUCUUACCAGGCAGGUAUGCUUCAGGCUGCGUUCACGGGCGCUCAGUUCUGCACUGCAUUGAUCUGGGGCAGAAUGGCCGACUGGGAACAGAUGGGUCGCAAAAGAGUCAUCCUUGUAGGACUCCUGGGUACUGGAAUUGGCGCCUUGGGUUUUGGUUUUAGCAAUAGUUUCGCGGUUGCACUAUUAUGGAGGGCUCUUGGUGGAGCACUCAACGGUAAUAUUGGUGUGAUGCGUACGAUGAUUUCCGAGAUCAUUCGCGACAAGAAAUAUCAGUCGAGGGCUUUUCUCCUUCUGCCAAUGACCUUCAACGUCGGUGUCAUCGUUGGACCAAUACUUGGUGGUCUACUGGCUAAUCCUGCAGGAAGCUAUCCUUCGCUGUUUGGGUCGGUAGCAUGGUUAAAACAGUGGCCAUACGCACUACCAAACAUGGUCAGUGCUGGUUUCCUCUUUCUUUCAGCGAUGGUGCUACUCUUGGGGCUCGAAGAGUCCCACGAGGCAUUGAAAGAUAAGCCAGACCUAGGUCUACGCAUUGGCCGUUGGCUUACACGAACGAUCUUUCGGUCGGACAUCAGUCAAGACUAUCAGGCCCUGUCAAGUGACGAGAUGGAUCCCUCGACCAUGGAAAUGCAAUCACCAACCGAUGAACCGCCAACACCCAAGUUAUCCAAAAUCGGAAGAAAACUACCCUUUUCUCGUAUAUGGACGGCUAAUGUGCUUUUCACCUUCACUGCGCACUUUCUGCUAGCCGGCCAUGUAGGCACCUUCAACAGUCUUUGGUUUGUCUUCUUGUCAACCCCGAGAUAUGUCCCUCAUGAACAGACGAACAACGGAACGAAUCCAAAUUCAAGUCUUGGGGUACCACCGAACUACAAACCACAUCCACCAAUCAGCUGGACGGGUGGUCUGGCUCUACCACCAGCAAAAAUUGGUACAGCAUUAGCCAUACUAGGCGUUGUUGGUAUAUCCCUACAACUCCUACUUUACCCAAAAAUAUCCUUCCGCUUAGGCACCGUCACUUCCUUCCGGCUGUCACUCUGUUUUUUCCCUCUGGCUUACUUCCUCGUGCCGUUUCUUUCACUCGUACCCACAACGUCCACCUCACCCGCCGCAGCUUCUGGGCCUUUACUCUGGGUAUCAAUCGUCAUUGUCCUCUGCAUUCAAGUAACAGCAAGGACUUUUGCAUUGCCAGCAACAGCGAUUCUGAUCAACAAUGCAUGUCCCCAUCCUUCAGUGUUGGGCAGUGUACACGGACUAGGUCAAAGUGCGAGCUCAGCCGCUCGCACCAUCGGUCCUCUGGUAUUGAGUUACCUCUAUGGAGUGGGGCUUCGAAAGGGUGUGGUUGGACUGUCUUGGUGGUGUAUGGCUGGUUUCGCGACAAUUGGUGCCAUGGCUGGUUUGUUUGUCAAGGAUGGUGAUGGACACGAGAUUUGGUUGGAAGGGGAGAAAGAGGAGGAAGAGGAUCAGGGUAAGGUUCAGAGGCAUUGA